UUGACAGUUUUAUAUUUGACGGGAUGUCUGUGCCUACGGGUUUAGUUUCGCACGUUCAAAGAGUCAAAAGGUUGUACAAGAAAGCGCUAAGGAAUCUUGAAUCGUGGUACGACCGGAGAGACGUCUAUAGGUACUACGCGGUUACCAUGCGGGACCGUUUUGACCAACACAAAGACGUCAAAGACAUGGCAGUGGCUAGACACCUUUUGGAAGAAGGAGAAGACGAACUUUUCCAUAAACAACACUGGCAUGUGAAGCAAUUCGUGAACUCUCCAGGUGGUAGUGCGUACCAGCGCGAGGUAGUACCACCUGACUGGGUCCUGGAUUAUUGGCACCCGUUAGAAAAAGCACAGUACCCUGAGUACUUCGAACGACGAGAGAAACGCAAAGCCGAAUAUAUAAAAUUCUGGGAGGGACAGUUCUUGUGUAAGGAAAAACCAAAAGGUUGCGACGAAACCGACCCCAAGAAAGACCCAGAACCGUGCUGAUCUGUACGUUUUUUUAGAAAAAUAAACACGUUGAUUUA